GAUAUAUAGGUGGGUGAGAACGAGGUAUGGGAGGGUAGUCUCACUCUACAUUGCUGCUUACUGCUUUUUCUGUCCGUGUGAAGCGUUCAGAAUCAGUUUUCUCUCGAGGUACAUUGCGUAUCCUUACCAUUAUCUCCUCUCGCGAAUUAUUGCAGGAAGAUUCUUUCUUAUCAAAGUACGUAUGUAAAUCGUCCACGCAUGAUGCAUUUUUUGUCGUGAUUGAUUGGUGGCUGUUGGUGGAUUGAGAGGAUCAAGAUGGUUGUACUAGCGGCUUCCAUCAUUAGUAAAUCUGGCAAAGCGCUUGUUUCAAGGCAGUUUGUCCAUAUGUCUCGCAUACGAAUUGAGGGUUACCUUGCAGCUUUCCCAAAAUUGAUUGGAACAGGGAAACAACACACUUAUGUUGAGACGGAAAACGUCCGCUACGUUUAUCAGCCAAUAGAGUCUUUAUAUUUGCUUCUUGUUACCAAUAAACAGAGCAACAUACUGGAAGAUUUGGAGACACUAAGGCUGCUCUCGAAACUCGUACCUGAGUACUCUUAUUCCUUGGAUGAAGAUGGCAUUGGCAGGACAGCUUUUGAGAUUCUUUUUGCAUUUGAUGAAGUAAUCUCUCUUGGGCAUAAAGAAAAUGUAACAGUUGCUCAGGUCAAACAGUACUGUGAGAUGGAAAGUCAUGAGGAGAGAUUGCACAAGUUGGUCCUGCAAAGCAAGAUCAAUGAAACCAAGGAUGUCAUGAAGCGAAAGGCUAGCGAGAUCGAUAAAAGCAAGAUUGAGAAGAACAGGGAGAGAGGAGCAUUUAUGGCCCUGCAGUCAAUGGGCUCGGGAAGAUUUGAUUCUGGCUAUGGAAGUGACACCAGCUUACAUGGUGGUAGUGGUUCUGGAAAUGGCUCAGGCCUCGGUUUAAGUAACGAUGUUGAUUCCUUCUCCUCUAAGUCCAAAGGUCGUUCAUCUGCAGCUGCUUCAGCUCCACCAAAAGGUCUUGGUAUGCAGCUGGGAAGAACACAAAAGACGAACCAAUUUUUGGAAUCACUCAAAGCUGAAGGUGAGGUGAUAGUUGAAGAUGUCAGAGCAGUUAUUGGUCAGUCCAAACCAGCUGCUCCUCCACCAACUGAUCCUGUCACAGUUACUAUUGAGGAAAAGCUUAAUGUAACUUUAAAGCGGGAUGGUGGUGUUGGCAGCUUUGAUGUGCAGGGUACUUUGUCGCUUCAAAUAAUUAAUCAAGAUGAUGGAUUUAUCCAAGUUCAGAUUGAGACAGGCAGUAAUCCAGGUCUUCUUUACAAGACACACCCCAAUAUCAACAAGGAAAUGUUUUCCGGUGAAAACAUCUUGGCUCUCAAGGAUCCAAAUAGGCCAUUUCCCGCUGGUCAGGCUGGUGAUGGUGUUAGUCUGUUGAAAUGGAGGAUGCAAAGUGCAGAUGAGUCACUAGUGCCACUGUCAAUUAACUGCUGGCCCUCUGUUUCUGGGAAUGAAACCUAUGUGAACCUGGAAUAUGAAGCUCCAACAAUGUUUGAUCUACACAAUGUUGUGAUUUCUAUUCCUCUUCCAGCUCUUAGAGGUGCGCCAAAUGUGCAACAGAUAGAUGGGGAGUGGAGGUAUGAUUCCAGAAGAUCAAUAUUGGAGUGGUCUAUUUUACUGAUUGAUGACUCAAACCGCAGUGGAGCUAUGGAAUUUGUUAUCCCCGCAGUAGACUCAUCACAACUUUUCCCAAUUUCUGUGCAAUUUACUGCUACAAGCACUUUCAGCGAUCUAAAGGUGGUUAAUAUUGCACCACUAAAAGAUGGUGACCCGCCCAAGUUUGCCCAAAGAACACUACUAUCGACAGAAAAUUACCAAGUUGUGUGAUGGUCAUGCUAUAGUUUUGACCUUCCCAAUUUUGUUCUUGGAAUAAAGAGGGGCAAAUUCUAUUGUUUUCAAUUUUAACCAGUAGUAUUAAAGGGAAAUUAAGGAUGGUGGCUUUUGUUUGUGUUGCAGUGAACAUUCAUUUUCUUGCUACGAUAGUUUGAAUAUACAUCUAUGGUUAUUUAUAUCAACUUCAUUGGAAAUA